AUGACGCGGGUUGCUCGUGCAGGGGAUGGAGUACCCGGGCGCCUGGAGCAACGUCGCAAGGAAACUGACGCGGGUUGGAGUGCUCGGGGUACCUUACCCGGGCGCUUGGAGCUGGCCGAGAAAGACCAAACUGACGCGGGUUGGAUGACCCGGGUUGUCGACCAUGAUUCCUACCCGGGUCAAGGAGAAUCAUCUUUUGUCACUUGGUGUAUGAACUUGAGGAGCAAGGGCACAUCAGACCUAGUUCCACUUGUACCUGACAUCAGAGCACUUGAAAGGGGUAUAUCAAGACAGAGAAGAGCUCAGCAGGAUAUCGAUAUGGAUCCACCUGCAAACGGUCAAGGGGUCAACCCUCAGCACCCUCCGCGACCUGCUCGACCGAUUGGUACCUAUGACCGUCCCAACAUCAAUGGUCAUAGGCUUGGCAUCAGAGCCCCAGCUGUGGAGGCUAACAACUUUGAGGUCAAACCAGGACUCCUAAACGUGAUCGAGAACAACAAGUAUCAUGGCUUGGCUGUAGAAGACCCAUUCGAUCACUUGGACAAGUUUGACAGCUACUGUGGUUUGUCAAAGACCAAUGGUUGGGAGAAGUCUCUACCUAGCGACUCAAUCACCACCUGGGAUGACUGCAAGAGAGCAUUCUUGGAGAAGUUUUUCUCUACUUCAAGAACUGCUAAGCUAAGAAACGAGAUAUCCAGUUUCCAGCAGAAGAACUUGGAAGGCUUCAGUGAAGCUUGGGAGAGAUUCAAGGGCUACCAAGCUCAGUGUCCACACUAUGGUUUCUCCAAAGAGAGCUUGCUGAGCACCUUCUACAGGGGUGCACUUCCUAAGUACAGAUCCAGAUUGGAUACUGCAAGUAAUGGGUUCUUCUUGGGGAGAACUGAAGCAGAUGCAGAGGAGCUGGUUGACAACAUGGUGAAGAGUGACGCAUUCUACAGUGGAGACCAUGACAGAGGAGAUAGAACUGAUGACAAGCAGACGAGGAAAGAGUUAAAGGCUUUACAGGAUAAGAUCGACAUUCUGAUUGCUGAUAAGGCUACACAAGAGCAGCUGAACUUCGUUGGUAACCCAGCACAAGAAGCACCUCCUGGUGCUAAUGAAGUUGAUGGUUUGGAGGGUCAAGAAGAGCUAUGUUUCAUCAACAACAAUGGCAGUUGGUACAAGAAGGAUCCCAAUUUUCAGUACAACAACUACCAACAGCGAUCUUACCCAAACAACCAGCAGAAUGGUUACCAGCCUAGGAGCAACCAGCAAGGCAACUCUCAGCCUCAGCAGAAUCCUCCUCUAGGUUUUCCCAACAAAGGAAACUCAUCUUCUCAGCAGCAAGCUCAUCCUUCUAGUUCUGCUCCUCCAGCCAGCAGCACAGAUAUUCUACUGAAACAAAUCUUGGACUCUCAAACUAGAAGUGAAAAGCAUGUUGGCUAUGAACUCAAGAAUCUCCACAACAAGAUUGAUGGUAGCUACAAUGAGCUCAACAACAAGUUCAAGGCCUUGGAGAACCAGUUUGCUUCCUUGACUACUCACCAAAAUCGCCAGCAAGGUUCUCUACCUGGAAAACCUGAGCAAAACCCCAAAGAAACAAUGAAGGCUGUUACCCUUAGGAGUGGCAAGCAGUUGCGUCCUCCAACUCUCACCAAGGAUGUUGAGAAACAAGAGAAGAUUGUGGAAGCCAAAGGCAAAGGAAAGGUGGGAGAAGAGAAGCAAACAGUGAAAGAUGGUCAAGCUGCUGCUCCAGCAACUGAGAAUCCUUUUGUUCCCCCUCCUUAUGAGCCCAAACUUCCAUUCCCUGGAAGGUUCAAGAAGCAGCUGCUGGAGAAGUACAAAGCCUUGUUUGAAAAGCAGAUGAGUGAAGUUCAGAUCACAAUGCCCAUCAUAGAUGCUUUCAUGUUGGUUCCUCAAUACAGUAAGUUCCUAAAAGAUGCUGUAGCUGCAAAGAAGAAGGAGAUGCAAGGUAUGAUGAUCCUCACUCAUGAGUGUAAUGCCAUCAUUCAGAGACUUGAUGUUCCAAAGAAACUAGAGGACCCAGGAUGCUUCACACUGCCUUGUGCUCUUGGACCUAUGGUUUUUGAGAGAUGUCUCUGCGAUUUGGGAGCUAGUGUCAGCUUGAUGCCUUUGUCAGUUGCAAAGAAACUUGUGAAGUACCCUGUUGGCAUCUUGGAAGACCUUCCUCUUAUGGUCAGAAACUGUGAAAUCCCUACAGAUUUUGUAGUACUUGAGAUGGGUGAAGAAGCUCAAGAUCCCUUAAUCCUUGGGAGACCUUUCUUAGCUACAGCUGGAGCUAUUGUGAAUGUGAAAUAA